AUGGGUUUCAAGAGACACGCAGCGAAGCGUAAGGCCGAGUCCGAGCCGGCGGAGGAGAUGGAAGAGAGCGUUGAUAAGAAGGAAGACGUUGAGGACUCCCCUUUUGGGUGGACCGACCCUCAAUGGGGUGAGGACAGCUCCGAGGGUCGAGGUUAUAACUCUCCACCGGAGCAAUUUUUGGUGAAUCCAGAGCAUGAAAGGCUAUGGCGCCGCUGUGAACGCCAGCUCAUCGAGUCCAAGGGGUUUUACUUGGAGCCAGAGCUUAUUCCAUGGGCCACCUACACAAAACUCGUACCAGUUUGUGAUUCGGAGAGUUUGGACAGCUCUACGGGUUUCAAUAAAACCCGGCGCCAGUACUUUACAGAGAUGGCCUGCCUCUGUCUCAAAACAUACAACGAGAAAGAGGGAUCGAGUGUGGAGUUUGUGGAAGUGGUGAGGGGUUUUUAUUCAAAAGGACCUAGAUCAAAGUCGUACAUUACAUUUAUGGCUAGAGAGAAACCUGAUGGACCUCCUGUCUAG